AUGUUCCGAAGAGCCCUAAAAGGAAGAGAGAAGCUGCAUGGCCAUGAUGCUGCAGUUACCCUUGACGUUGCCUGUUGGCUUGGUAUCUCUCUCUACUGCCAAGAAAAAAACGAAGAGGCAGAGACUUUGCUCCGGAGAGCUCUAGAAGGGAACGAGAAGCUAUACGACUAUGAUGCAGCAGAUACUCUUGAAGCUGCAAGAUGGCUUGGCAAGACGCUUUACUCCCAAAAGUACCACAAGAGAGCAAAGGAACUUUUCGAACGAUGUGAGAAAGGGCUAGAGAAGCUAGUAGGUCCUGACCAUGAAGAUACAGAGAGUGCCCGGAGAUGGGUCGUCAAGGCGAAAAACAAAAUCCCGCCUGGAAACGUAUCGGACUGA